UCUCGGUGUCUCCUGGUGUGUGGGCAGUUGGAUGCUGGAUGAUAUAGUCUAUAAGUUUGAGUAAUUUCUUAAGACUUUUACUUUGACGGGCUAUUAAACUUACUUAAAAUUAAAUAGUUAAAAACUAGAAAUGUCCGAAUUAGAUGAACAACAAACUACUGAUGCUAAGAAAAAUAGUAUUGGUAUUCCUGCAGCUGAUUUUGUGGAAAAUGUUGAUGAGUUCAUGAUGGAUGAAGGAAAUGCAGAAGCAGUACUGAAGAGAUUUGAUGAGCAACAUAAUAAAUAUAAAUUUAUGGAACUUAACCUUUUGCAAAAGAAAAGAAGGCUAAAGAAACAAAUCCCAGAUAUUAAAAGCUCUCUUGAUAUUCUUAGACAGUUGAAAAAAAAAUCAGAAGCAACAGAAGAUAUGAAAACUCACUUCCUUCUUUCGGACCAGGUAUAUGUAAAGGCUGAAGUACCACCAACGGAUAAGGUGUACCUUUGGUUAGGGGCUAAUGUUAUGUUAGAAUACACGCUCAGUGAUGCCGAAGCUCUUCUGUCGAAGAACUUGCAAAAAGCUUCUCAUAACUUGUUGCAGCUUGGGGAAGAUCUGGACUUCUUACGAGAUCAGCUGACCACUACUGAAGUCAACAUGGCUCGAGUGUAUAAUUGGGAUGUUAAAAAAAGACAAGCAGAAAGAGAGAAAAAACAAAGUUCCUCAUCCUCGUGAAAGAUAACCUGUUUAUUGCAUUUUUCCUUGUGUGGAUGUACAUUUAAAUUCUUGUUUUGCGUCUUAAUUAAUGCCUUUCCUAUGUAGUUAAGAUUGUGUUAGCUGUUUUUAUUCAUUCACAAAAUUACAAAAAGAAACUGCUCAUUGCUCUUGCUUGUUAUUUGACACUUGAAGUAUUUCAGAUUGUAACUUAAUAAAAAAGUACAUUAACAUGG